CGAUGGGCAACUCCGGAGCCAAGCCCCGUGCCUCCGACGACGGCGGUUAUGCUCGCGCCGCACCGCCCUGCUUGAUGCAUCCGAUCGGCAACUCUGAUGGUUCUGCCAAUGCCGCACCGCCCUGCUCGGCGAAUCUCACCAGUUCGGAGACCGGCGAGAUGAAGUCGGAGUACCCGCGGCGGCCCGGCGUGGCCGACUGCUCCUACUACGUCAAGUUCGGGACCUGCAGGUACGGGAUGAAGUGCUGGUUCAACCACCCUCCCUACAGCAGCCAACAAGCAUCGAAUUCAUCCCACCACAACAAACAGCAGUAUUUUUCAGAGAAAGCAUGCAACUACAACCGCCACGAAGAAAAAUUCAAAGUCGAGCAAGUGAAGACGAACUUCCUUGGGCUUCCACUUCGUCCGGGUGCAGGACUAUGUUCACACUAUAUGAAACAAGGAACAUGUAAAUUUGGCACCAACUGCAAGUUUCACCAUCCAGAUCCAAAAUCAGAACAUGCGAAUUUGAAUGCUUCACGACAUGUUGUUGAAGAAUCAACUCAACUGAACUUUUCAUCAGAGCCUAUCAAACGAGCACAGAAUGAGCGAUCUGUUUCCUUAGUUACAUCAUCAACUAGUGGAACAUUAGAAACUAUUCCAACUCGAGGAGACUCUACAUGUACAGAACAUAGUGCAUAUAAGAUUGUUGGUGCAUCUAAGGACAUCUUGGAACUUAAGCGGGAUAUUGAUGUAGAACUGGGUAACAAUGACUCAAAUCCAUGUAAUCGCUAUGAUGGAGCUGACAGGCGUGACUGGCUUUCACCGUCUGCACAAAUUCGUGUUGUUGCUAGUGAAGAGAAAUCUUGGGACAACAUCUAUGAAUCGCAAGAAUUAUGUUCUCCAAGUGGCAAGCAAGAGAAAUUUAACAAGCACGGCCAAUUAAUCUCUCAGCUUGACUCUAACGCUCAGGUUUGCAUCCCUUGGUCGAUCCAAAGAGGCAAUCUUUCUGACAGAGAUGGAGUUCUUAUGGCGGUGAAAGGUAUACUGGAUAAUUUGACGCCAGAGAAGUUCGAUCUUGUUAAGGACCAGUUAAUAGAAGCAGGAAUCACUAGAGAAGAUAUUUUGGAGGAUGUUAUUACUGUUAUGUUUGAGAAGGCUGUUUCUGAGCCCACCUUCUGUCCGAUGUAUGCUCAACUUUGUUCUUAUGUCAAUAUGAAGCUCCCAUCAUCCCCUCCUGAAGAACCUGAUGGUAAAGAGAUUGCGUUCGCAAGUGUACUGCUCAAUAAUUGUCAUGAAGUAUUUGAAGGUGCUGGCAAUCUAUGUGCCGAGAUUGAUACAUUGACUGGUCAAGACCAAGAGAUGGAGACACGGAAUAAAGAAAUAAUGCUAAUGAAGCAUCGAACACUUGGAAACAUUCGCCUUAUUGGUGAGUUGCUCAAGCAAAAAAUCGUCAAAGAUAAGAUUGUACAUCACACGGUUCAGAUGGACGAAAACAAGCAAGGAAAACCAGAUUGGGAUACUUUUGCUACUAAAGUUUUUUGUGAUAUUUGUACCAUUGAGGUUUUAGCUGGAAAUCGACCAAACGACCAUUUGAAUGCUAUUGGGUAUAACAACUUAUACACCAAGUUCAAUGAAAAAACAAAAAAAGGUUACAAUCAGAAGCAAUUUAAAAGUAAGUGGGAGUCGUUGAAGAAAGACUACCAGACAUGGAAGGCAUUGUUGGAGAGUGAAGAUGAUCUAGGGCAGGAUCCUAAAAUGAAUACAAUAUCUACAACCCCAGAAUGGUGGGCAAAAAAGAUGGAGGCAAUGCCGGAUUGCAGCAAGUUCCGUUCAGCACCACUCAAGAAUGUUGAUCUUCUAAAUAUAAUGUUAGAGGAUAUGCUGGAUUCAAGCUCGACAACACCUGAAGCUAAUAUGGCAGUCAAUACAACUAUCAAAAGUGAGCAUGGUGCUGGCGAUGGAAAUGAUAUAGGCCUCAUUGAUAAGGAUGUUAAUGAGCAGUCUAAAGAGGCAAUAUUACAAAAAUCUUCUAACAAAGAACCUAACUCGACAAAGCCCAAGACAAAUUCUGUGCAUGCAGAACUGAAUCAUCUUGUUGACCGAGUUGAGAAUGUGAACCCAAGAAAUUCUGCAACGUCUACAAGGGUCGAUCAAGUAGAAAGCAAUAUUUCCGAGAUCAUGGAGUUAGUUGUAGAUGCUGGAGUCCAGGAAGGCAGUGAUGAACAUUUCAUUGCUACCCAAUUAUUUAUUAGUCCAGAAUAUCGUGAAAUGUUUCGUACCCUGAAGACCCCUCAAGGAAGACUUGGGUGGCUUAAAAAGAUGUGCCAUGUCAAGGAAUAACGGUAGGAUUCUAGUUCAAGUGUACCUGAUGUUUGUUCUCCAAAAACAAUUUGUACCUGUUGUUAUCAUGAGACCAUUUAAAAGUGAUGUACUAAUUUAAUGCUACUUUAUUUUAUGUACUUGCUAUUUUAUGAGGUAGCUUCUAAACCCACCUUUGAUUUUGUGUGAAUGUAUUGAGCUCUUACUGUGACUGAUC